AUGGUAGAUGAUUAUAUGAAUGACACCAGUGCAGAAUAUUACUUUAGGAUGGUACAAGAGAGCCAACAACAAUUUGAUGACAUUGUUAGGCGAAGAAGAAACGUGAUAGAGCGAUAUCGUGAAGAAGAAGCACUUGGCAAUCUUGACAAUUAUUUUCAAAUGAGGGUUGAUGUAAUACGUAAAAAAGGUCUUUCACCAUUACAAAAUUGCACUGUCGCUAUUCGUAUGUUGACAUACGGAUCACCUGCUGACAAUCUGGAUGAGUAUGUAAGAAUUGGUGAAAGUACUGCAAUUGAGUGCUUAUAG